AAAUUUCCAAUUAAAGAAAAAUAAUAAAAAAAAAUAUUGAAAAUAAAAACCGGUUAUUUGAAGGUGUUUUUGUGUUGAAAAAAAAAAAAUUCUUGAAAAAAUACAAUUUUAAAACCAAUUAAAUAUUGAAUACCAAAACCUCACCAAAGUGUCUUUACUUUUGCCAACCAUCCGCAAAAAUUCUGAAACACGACUGGAAUUCUCAAUUUCCUUUUUUCGAUUUUGACACUUUACUCAAAUAACACCGGCAUAAUCAAACCAAUUUAACUUGGCCGGCUACUACGAAUGAGGGAAAAAAAGAAAAAAAUCGAAAAAAAAAUAAUUGCAAAAAGAGAAGGUCCCCCAAGGAGUGGUCAUGAAAAAUAGCCAGUCGGCCAGUCCUUGAAAAAAGUUUCCGAAAAAAAAAGAUAUUGAAAUAGUCUUCUUCCCUGCUUCCCAAACGGCAAACCAUAAUUUUGAAAUUUAACAAUAACAACAAUAAACAUAACGUGAGCAAAAGAAAAACAACAACAAAAACCGGUCUUUAACAAAAUAAAGCACUUGAAUUGAGAGCGAGUUUGAAAAAAAAUAGUAACAACAGCCUUAAAUGUCAAACAAGAAGCCGAAUUCCGAAACAAGGGCCAAGACGCAGCAACAAAAAACGUGAUUUAAUAUAGGCCACAACAACAACAAUAAAAAAAUAACAAUAACAACAACUUACCAAAAAAAAUCAAAUUCAAAAUAGUUUUGAAAAAAUAGUCCCUUUUUGCCUCACCCCUGUGUUCGGACCCCUAAAAAAUCAAAAUGUUGGUUAACUCCACCACAACGGCCUCCACACCCACCCCAGGUUCCAGUUCUUCGACCAGCAAUACCCUGGAACCAGCCCAUACCAUAUCCACAAACUCUUCCUCAUCGCAAUUGCAUCAACAUUUGCAACAGCAGCAGCAACACCAACAUCAACGUGAUAGCCAUGCAUCCUCUUCAUCGGUUUCGGCUUCCUCGUCCGCCCAAUCCUAUACACAGGUUCAUCAGCAGCACUUGUCCGCUAAUUUAAAUUCACGUCCACCCUCACGUGCUCCCUCGAUUUUGGAUAGUCCAACAUUGGCACGUGUAGAACGUGCCCGGCUUCGUUUGGAAGCAUCCGCUCAGCAGCAGCAGCAAAGCGGAAAUUUGAAUGGCAGCUGUGGCAGCAACAUCAACACACUGAAUCGCGAGGAUAGUUUGGAGCGCUCAAUAUUGGAUCCAAAGCAAAAAGAUGUACCCUGGCAUCAGGUCUGGACACAUAUGAAACGUCUAUCCCACGCCUCCAAAGUCAAUUCGACGACAACGUUGUGUGCCCAGAAAACCGAUCUCUCGACAACGGGCAAAUCCAUAAUAUUUCCCGAUAGAACAGCCUCCCUUAAAGACACGUUGUGUGCGCAGCAGGUGUUUUCAAGGCCAGAUAUGCAAUCUCUGUUGGCAGGACGUAUACCGGUAGCCUCAAUGACGGGUCCAAUUAAACGCGGCCUUUUAUGGCAGCAACGUGAUCGUUUGUUUUCACGAUGGAAAGAAAGAUAUUUUGUUUUGACACGUGACUAUCUGCAUUGUUUUAAAAGAGCAUCAGGUUCAGCCAAUGAACGUGCCUCCGACAUGGGACAAUUUAUAUUUAAGGUCAAAUUGGUUGAUGUGGAAAAAGUGGAAUGGUUAAAUCGUCGCUCCUACAGUGCUAUUGGCUUACUUCUGGGACGAGAGGGUAGAGUUUUAUUGCGAUGCGAUGAAGGCCUCGAAGAUUGGUUCGAACUGUUGGAGGAAUGUACCAUUACCUCCAAGGAACGUCGCCGUGCCCUGAAAAUAGCCCAAGGUCCCAGAUCCCGAGCCUCCUUGGCUGCACCCGUCUCACAUGCCUCACUACAAUCAAAUCAUUUCGGUUUGGGUGGUACCUAUUCGAGUGCUUUGGACGAUUGGCUAAUGACCAAUGGCAGUGGUAUGGGUGUUGGACGUGGCCAAAAACUGGUCACCAAUAGUAUGUGUGGUUAUGGUGGUAACAAUCCAUUCCUAUUCUCCGACUCGGUGCCCGAUUUAAGUGCAUUGAAUAAUGAAAAUCAUAAUCACAUUAGUGGUAUGUCCACCAAUCAUUCAACCCCGCAGAAGAUACCCUAUUCGGCUGCGGCCACGGCCAGCGGUAACAAUAGUCGUUAUUCGAAUGGUUACUCGUCGCAGAAUUCAUCGUUUUCGAAUUGCAAUGGCUUGUACGGUUCACCCAGGCGUAUAUUCAUCAACAGCAGUUUCGGUUCGACUCACAUUGUCGACGAGGAGGCUGAGGAUGGUGAAGUUGAGCUAAGACGUCCACGCAUUUUCCGCCAUUUGAGUACGGAAAAUGGUAACGAAUUGGAUCGUGAUUGGUUGUAUCGCAAGCCAAGGGCCCCAACAGAUAUGAGACAUUCAGUCCAACCCAUGUUGCCUACCCACAAUAACUCGAACAACAGCUCCAGCAAGUUGAUUACCACAGACUUGGAUUAUUCCGCCCAUGACAGUGGCCUUGAUACCCCACCCUCAACACAUCGUCCGUCCAGUUAUCGUGAAGCCCCCAACCAACAUCAACCCUCGCCCCGUGACUCCACCGAAACCUCGGUCAGCUCAUCGCGUGGCACAAUGCUUAACUCUCCCGGUGGCAGUUUUCGUGCCAAACAUUUGCAACAGGUCAGCAAUUUGAAUCAGGUCAAUGCCCUGCAUGGUUCACGUUAUAGCGUACAGGAACGUAUCCUCAAGAUACGUAAUGAGGAGGAUCGUUGUGCCUCCAUCAAGUCAGGCAAUCGUGCCAAUAUGAACUCGGAGAUGUAUGAUCCAAAUCAGAAUCGUUAUUAUAAGAAUGGCAACCAAUCGCCGGUGGCAUCGUUGACACCCCAACACACACCGGUCAAGAUGCAACAUCUGCAUCCUCAAAUGAAUGGAAAUAAUGGAAAUAAUAACGGCACUCUGAAUGGUAAUAUGCCAAAUGGUUCGGCCAUAUUCCGGGAACGUUAUCAACAUCCAGCCUUGGCGGCCAUCAUCAAUGAGGCUCAGGGUAUGAAGUUCAGAGAUCGUUCAUAUUCCGAUUGCCAACAAAUGCCACCGAGGCGCAGUGUCAACAACAAUCCAUCACCGUUGACCACCCGGCGCAAUCAUGUUAAUCCAAUAUUUGGCACCCCCACCCGCGUAUAGCGGCUAAAGAUCUAAAACGAUGGGAAAAUAAAUGAAGCAACUGACUACAAGGAGAGAGAGCUAACAAUUGAUUGAAACGAUUUGUUUGGAAAACCCAAAAACAAACAAAUUAAGGAAAUUAAUAAAUUAAAAAAAAAAAAAACUAAAAACACAUUGGAAAUAAAACAGGUUUAGUAAAAUAUUAUUCGAAAAUAAAAUUAAAUUUAAAUGAAUAGAUGAAAAUAAUUUACAUUAAAAUAUUGAAAACUAAAUGGAAAAAUUAAUUAAUUAACAAACUUAUGCUGCUGAUUAGCUAUAACUCUUAGUAUACAUCUACAUAUGAACAAUAUACGUAAAUAUCCAGCUUUUUGAUAUGAUACAUGAACUAGAAAAAAAUAACAACAAUUUAAAAACAAUUUAUUACACAAAAAAUGAUUAUUGGAAUUACACAGUGCUACAUUAAAAAAAAACUGAAGACACUAAUUGUGCUUAAAUUUAAAUUUACUUCCGAAGGUGAAAUAUUCCAUGGCAGAGUGAUCAAAUAUAAAAAAAUUUAAAUGUGGAAUUUUUGAAAAUUCGAAAAGGUUUAAAGGAUGGUGUGACAAAUUAACCACAUUUAAAAUACAUUAAUUUUAUAAUCAAUUAAAUGAAAAAGUCUAAUAAGACAAUUAAAUGAAGAAAGUCAAAUAAUUCUAAGAGUCUAAUUUUAGAGCUCGAAAUCUAAAAUAUGCUCUCUUAAUGAAGCUUGAAUGCGAAUUCAAAAUAAAUUUGCUAAAUAGAUGACAAUUAUAUCAGAUAAUAAGUCCUAAAAAUUCUGUACGAGAUAUAUGAUAUUCCCAAGAAUAUAUUUUAAAACAAUAAUGUCUUAAUAUGAACUCAAAAAUUAUUCGAACACAAUUAUACAUGUUUGCGUAUUAGUAUUGUCAGCAAUCAUACGCCGCCAUGAAUGACAAAUACUCUACUUUCAAAAAAAGUAGCAAAUAAAGACCUUCAAAUUUUAGUGACAAAGCAUAUAUAUGAAAAACUUCUAAUAUAAAAGCAACAUUUUGAGCUCGAAAUCUAAAAAAAAUGCUCACAUAAUGAAGUUUGAAUACGAACUCAACAUGAAUUUAAAAAAUAAAAAUGAGGGGAAUUAAAUACAGCCUUCAAGCAGAGAAUCCUAAAAAUACUAUGCGGGUUAUAUGAUACUUCAAAAGGAUAUAUCCCAAGCCUUAUCAUGUCUUGAUAUAAAAUCAAAAUUGAUCGGAAUACAAUGAAAUUUUGUUUGCGUAUUAGUAUUGUCAUGAACCAAUACCAAUAUUGACUAAAUUAACUAAUUACGUAUUCCAAUUUGAAACUUAAAAAAAAUUGAUUCGAAUAGAAUGACAUAUGCCUGCGUAUUAGUAUUUUCAGCAUUCAUACGCCACCAUGAACCAAUAUCUGAAAAUUAUAGAUUUAAAAAAUACAGAUUUUUUCAUAUGUCAUUUUUUUAUCAAUUUAAAUUUAUUAAUUGUUUCAAAUUUAAGGCCUCUUAAACAAAUAACAAAUAUAUGGUAAUUAAAAAAAACUGCGAUUUUUUUACUGGAAACUCAGGAUAUGAAAUAUUGAAGAUUAGAUAUGCUAACGUACAAGUGUUGCCAAUACUCAUACGUCACCACUUAUAAAUUUUAAGUGCAUUAAUUAUUCCAAAUACUGACUUAUAAUUAACCAAAUUUAAGCUCCAUAAACCAAAUUUCUGGUUAGAGAUUCCGAAUAAAAUGUUGUUUGAAGUUCCUGAUUAACGUGGACCAUGGAAGUGUUUUAAGCCCGCUUAAAUGACAUUAAAUGUUAAAUUAUGAAAAAAACUUGGAUUUUCCAUUGAAAAUUAAAAAUUAAAAAUAAAUUAAGUAUUGCCAAUACUCAUACGUUACCAUUCGCCAGUCUUAAAUGCAUCAAUUGUCAAUUUGGAGCCCCAUAAAUCAAAAUACUGAUUAGAGAUCAGAAUGAAAUAUUGUACCAAAAUGUAAGGCGGCGUAUUAGUAAUGUUAACAUUCAUACGUCACCAUUACUUAAAUUAAAUGUUUCUAUUUUCAUAACAUGGAAUAAUUGUGAACCCCUUAACUCAAAUUAAAUUUGGCAGAUGUUAUUUUAUUAAAAACGCCUUCAAUUUUCCAUUGAAAGCUAAUUUAAAUUUCUAAGUGCCGAGUCAAUUUUGAUGUCGGUAAAUCCAAUUUCCGUUAAAAAUUACUCAUGUGGUGACGUAUAAUUAUUUUCAAUAUUCAUACGUCAUCAUGACGUAUGAGUGCUGGCAGUACUUAUACCCCGCCCAUGAUUUUAAAUCAGUCUUAACUGGAGAGCUAAUUUUCAACAAUUUUUUGUAACAACUUAAAUCCAAUUCUUAUACAAUACAGGGCCGAAAACACUUCCAAAUUCUCUUAAUAGAAUAUUAAUCCAUAAUUUAUUUGAGGACAAGAUGUCGCCAAUUUAUGCCAGUUGGCGUAUUUGUAUUGUCAAUAUUCAUACGCCAUAUAUCAAACUAUUUUUUAAGUGUCUUUACUUUAGUUAACUUUUAUAUUAGAAUAUCUUGCAUCAAUUAUUAUACGAUGCAGAAAAUUGUUAAAAAUCCGUACAGUGUUUUCCAAAAAAAAAAAAAAAAAAAAAAAAAACUGACGACAAUCUGAAAUUUUUUUAAAGAAAUUUCUUCUAUAAUUGUCUACAAAUAACCAAUGCGUUUAGAUACCCUUUGCUAGGAUCUUUAUACAUAUACCUUACUACAAACCCUUGAUAAGUGAAAGUAAGUCAUUAAAAUACUUCAGAUAGCAAAAGCUACUUCUUUGGUUUAUAAUGGCGUAUAAGUAUUGUCAAUAUUCAUACGCCCUGAGCGACUGAAUGUUUGUUCUGUUUUUAAAGGUGGCUUUGAACAUCAUAUAUCAUCAGACAACAAAAGCUGUUUCUUUGAGUUAUAAUGGCGUAUAAGUAUUGUCAAUAUUCACACGGCAUGAUAGGCUAAUCCGUUUUUUUAAUGGUGGCUUUGAGAGCAAGAAUUAAAUGUUAAAUCUCAUUUCUAAACAUUUAUUUCGGUUUCCAUUCAAGUUCACAGAAAAAAGACUUCAUUUGUCAUAGCCUAACAUGUUGUGGCUAUAUAUUCGACUGAUAACUUUAUUAAAAAAAUACAAAUAAUUUUUCGGACGAGCUCGCAAAACAAAAAAAAGUUUCAUUUGUCAUGACCUAACUUUUUGAGAUUAUACUUUGUACUGACAAAUCGAUCGAGCGAGGCAAAGAGAUUUUGCUGAGUUCACUCUAGAAUGUCCCUUCGGAAGUGAAAAAAUCAUUUUCUUAUGGCCGUAGCACUAACCCCUGGUCCUUAUUACUUUUACUACUAUUACUACUACCACUACAACUACUUUAGGCAUCACUUAAUUUAGCAAUAAUCUUUUAUCUAUGUAACAAAAUGUAGUAGUGUGAGAAAAAAAACAAAAACUAUUAAAAAAACAACAACGCAAACAAACAACUGUGAACUUUAUAUAGGAGACAUUCUUUCUAGGCAUUAUUAUUAUAAUUUUUUUAUUACAACUAUAAAUAUUUGUUCUUUAAUUUCAAAAAGAAAAUAAUAAUAAAAAAUUAAAUAAAAUAAAUUUUAAUUAAUAGAAAAUAAUUAGAUAUUGAUUUUUUGAAAUUUUUUCUUUUUAGUUUCUAAUAUAAAAUAUAUUAAACUAAUAUUUUUUUAAAUAAAUAAAAUACUCCAAUUUCUUUGAAAUAUAAAAUUAAAAUUAAUAACAAAAAUAACACCAAUAAUUUAGUAAUUAAAAAAAACAAAAGAAAUAUUAUGAAACACCAAAUAUUAUUCUUUAAAUAUUAAUAAUGAUAAAAUAAAAAUUUAAAAAAAAAAUAUAUAAAACAAUAUUAAAAUCAAUCUUAAAACUAAAACUUAAAUUCCCAAUUAAGUUAUCUUUAUAUGUUUCCCCCUUAACCAGAGCUUCCCUUAUCAACUGUUUUCAUAUUUUUAGAAAAAAUAUUCUUAUUAUUUUUAGUUUUGUUAUAUUUUAAUCAAAAUUUUUACCCAAUAAAAUUUCGAAGACAUUGUAA